GUGACUUGGAGCAUCAUCAACAAGCAUCAUUGCUCCUAUAAAAUUAAGACUGAGACACAAUGGUUCUGCCGCAAUCAGUACAAUGUGACAGGCUUGUGCAAUCGCAAGUCUUGUCCCCUGGCCAACAGUCGCUAUGCUACAGUCAGGGAGAAGAAGGGUGUCAUCUAUCUCUUCAUCAGAGAGGCUGAAAGAGUGUACACCCCUCAUAAGGAGUGGAUGAGGAUAAAACUCUCAAAGACUUUCAUCACAGCACUGCAGCAGAUAGAGGACAACCUCGUUUUCUGGCCCAAUUAUUUCAAGCAAAAAUGUCGGCAACGAUUGCUGAAGAUCACACAAUAUCUUGCCCGCAUGCGCAAGAUGAAAUUAAAUAAUACGAAAAAAUUGGUGCCAGUUCGCCGUAAAGUUGAGCGUCGUCUAGAAAAGCGCGAGGAGAAGGCGCUCAUCGCAGCCAAGCUGGACAACGCCAUCGAGAAGCAGCUCCUUGAGCGCCUCAAGGAGGGCACGUAUGAGCGGAUCUACAACUUCCCUAAGCAAGCGUUUGAUGUUCGUUUGAACGAAGAGGAAAUGGAAGAGGAGCUGGAGGAGGACGUGGAGGAGCUGAAGAAGCAGCAGAAGCUUGCCAUUAAGGAAGAGGAAGAAGAAGUCGAGGAGGUCCAAGAUGAGGAGCUCAGGGAGGAGCUUGAGCGAGGCAUUGUCAGGAUGCAGAGGAAUCAGGAGUCGGACGAAGACAGUGACAUGGCAGAGUAUGACUACAGCGAUGACGAGAGCAUUGACGAUGAUGGCGAUGAAGUUGGAGAUGAUGAGGACGAGGAUGACGGAGAAGAAGAUACGGAGGAGACUGGGCACGUCGAAUAUGUCGCUGAUUUUGACGAGAGCGAAGAUGAGGAACAAGAGAGGGACAUUGAGGACCUGCCUGAAUCGCUAAGCUCUGCAUCAGCAGCAGCGGCAUCAUCAUCUGUGCAUAAGAAGAGCAAGGCAGGCCCGUCAUCACAGCUCGUUAGGAAGCUGGACACGAUGUUGCGUAAUGACAUGGACUCGGACGACGACAUGCGCGCGCAGGAUGAGAUCAAACGGGCCAAGUAUGCUCCUCAGAAGGCACUCAACCCCGGUGCCAAGGCCACCUUCAGAAAGAAGCUUAUCAAGCGCAAAAUCCGGGCCAUUUACGAGAGACAAAAGGCAGAGAAAGAGAAGAGCAAAGUCAAAGUUCGUCGCUAAAUCAACUUCGUUGCCAAAACGGAAUAAUGUUCGUUGUGGAAUCAGUAAAGUUCUAUCCCAAAA